AUGGUUAGUACCCUCUACGUCGGGCAAAGCAAUGACGUGUUUCGUAGGACACUGGAGCAUCGAAUCGUCUACGAGGACACCAGUAUCCCGGCUCGAGAGGACAGGAGGCUCGUGUACAACUUGCUGAAAGGCUACGCACUGCUUCGACAAGCCGCAAACCGGAAGACGAAGUGCACGAAUGCUCGGUGGCAGGCCUACAAGGACAGAAAUUGGCACUUUAGGCACCUGGCCGCCAAGCACAAGGCAGCCGGCAGGGACCGCCACGCUGACCUCUUCCUGGGCAUCAUCAAGCUGUCCCAGGCUGUCAUUCGUGCCCAUCUGGGAAACCUUCUGUCGAACGGCGAGCUGGCGUACAGACCGCCUACGAAGUUCGACUGCAGGAUCUAUCUCUUCUUGAAGUUGAUCAAGAGCUCGCAAGUCGAAGUACUGCAAUCGACUUUUGCGACUGUCACAACUUCAUACACCGACUGUAUCGACAGGGCUGGGGAGGAAGACCGACUGCUCUUCUCGGGUCUCUCGCUGCAGUUUCGGGAAGGAGGCCAUCGCCAAUGGACGCCCUACCAUCCGUACGGAGGCAGCCGCGGCAAGACCCCUCGAGCUUUCGCUCUGCACCUGCUCGCCCUUCUGCCUGCAGCUUCGCGCCAAGACAGGCAAGAGUGCGCCGCUGCCGCUGCCGCCGAGGUCACUGCUCGCCGUGACCAGGUGAAGUACGAGUCUCUCUCACAGACCGCCAAGGAGCUCUGGGACGGGACCGCAACCAUCACCCCGGUUGGCCUUUUGAGCGCCGGCGGCAAGUCUUUCCGGCCGUCCAACUCAAGAGAGGACCAAGCUCGAAAAGCCGUGAUCAUCGGUAUCAUUGGGUACGACGGCGAAGGGCGAGGGUGGGUGCCCUGCCGGGUCUCAAGGAUAGAGGCAGAGUCUUGCGGGAUACAGGUUCUGCCUUUCAGGGGAGAAUGGCGGGAUCUGCCCUACCAGGUCGCCUUCGAGGUCGGAGAGGUGAAGGCAGUGGCGAGGGAGCUGCUGACUAAGCUGAAGUGCAAACGGCUGAGGGAACACUAG